AUGAUUGUUCAAGCAAUUUCUUUAUUGGAUGAUUUGGAUAAAGAAGUAAAUAAUUAUAUAAUGCGAUGUAAAGAAUGGUAUGGUUGGCAUUUUCCUGAAUUAGCUAAAAUCAUUCAAGAUAACGUUGCUUUUUGCAAGACAGUUCAACGAAUAGGUUAUCGAACAACUGCAGUUGAACUUGAUUUAUCUGAUAUAUUACCAACAGAUGUCGAAGCACAAGUUAAAGAAGCAGCUGAAAUUUCAAUGGGUACAGAAAUAUCCGAAGAAGAUAUUACAAAUAUUCGCCAUUUAUGUGCACAAGUUAUUGAAAUAUCUGAAUAUCGUGCACAAUUAUUUGAAUAUCUUAAAAAUCGUAUGAUGGCUGUUGCACCAAAUUUAACUGUUCUUGUUGGUGAACUUGUUGGUGCUCGACUUAUUUCACAUGCUGGAUCAUUACUUAAUCUUGCUAAACAUCCGUCAUCAACCGUACAAAUUUUAGGUGCUGAAAAAGCUUUAUUUCGUGCAAUGAAAACUAAACAUGAUACACCAAAAUAUGGUUUAAUUUAUCAUGCAUCAUUAGUUGGUCAAACAUCUGCUAAACUUAAAGGAAAAGUUAGUCGAAUGUUAGCUGCAAAAGCAGCAUUAUCUAUACGAGUUGAUGCACUUGGUGAUGAUACAGAAGCAACAUUAGGUAUUGAACAACGUGCAGAUUUAGAAAAGAAAUUUGCAAUACUUGAACAAAAUGCGACAAAACGUAUAUCGGGAACGGGUAAAAUGCAAGCGAAAUUUGAAAAAUAUCAAAAAAAUUCUGAAAAAGGACAAUUUAAUCAAGAUCAAGCUUCAACAUUGCCUUAUAAACGCCAUUCCGAUUUUGGUGGACGAGGUGGUGCUAACAAACGAUUUAAAAGUGAUAACAUGAAUAAAUCAUUUGUUGUUUAA